AUGGAGAAAUACGGGCAAUAUCGAGACAAAGGAUCUGGCAUUGCGCCAUUCUUUCCAAUCCCAUCCCCUCCCAGCAAUCCAGCUUUGAUACCAUACCACAUCUUUCUAUUUUUUUUCCGGUUACCAUUCGGGAUCUUCGCCUGGGCCAUAUGGAUAUUCCUUGUGCAAUGGACGCCAGCCGGUGGUGCUCUUCGCAAGGCCAACCUGUGGUGUAUACUCGGUCUACCGGGCGUGUGGUGGAUUGAUAUCCGUGUGGAUGGAGUUCAGCGCGGCUCUUUAGGUAAAGCAGGUCGCUUGCCAGGCCCGGGCUCUAUUAUUGCAUCUUCAUAUACGUCGCCGCUUGACGUGCUCUACCUCGCGGCCAUCUUCGAUCCGAUAUUCACCCAAAGCUUUCAAGGAUCAAGGGAAGUGCAAGUCCUCUCUCUGGAACGGGCACUCGCAUCAUGUUUCUCUCUACCGCCUCCAAAGCCUGCUGACACGAUCAGCCUCGCCGAGCUGGUGGCCGCCAACCGGCGACGCGUGAUUGUCGUAUUUCCUGAAUGCACAACGAGCAACGGAAAAGGUGUAUUGCGCCUUUCGCAGUCCCUGCUAUCCGCCUCCAAAGGUACCAAUAUUUUCCCGGUCUCGCUUCGGUACUCCCCAGCGGAUGUCGUUACUCCCAUCCCGGGAUUUCUCGAAAGUAUAAAAUUCGUCUGGACCCUCUUCUCCCGUCAAACACACUCCAUCCGCGUGCGUGUCGGAUUCCCUGUCAAGAUGGCACAGCUCCAGCAACAGCAGCCACCGCCAUCAUCGAUUGGAGCAAGCCAAAAGUCCCAACGUCCUCAAGUUCAGCACGCCCUUUCGUCAUCUUCCGACAAAGAUUCGGAAGAAGACCAAUCCUCCUCCCGUCCCGCCACCGGUACCCGAAAAAGCAGUGGCUACGACACGAAUUUCUUCGACAAUUUCCCUCCUCAAGCCAGCAGCAACAGUGCCCUCGCUCCUGCGCAGAAAGUGGGCGAAAGCGGGCUCGACGGUCUCAGCAGUGAUGGUGACGAUGACGAUCUCUUUUCGACAUCAUCAUCCUCAUCCGCCGUUGGAGGAAAGCGGCCUUUCUCCCGUCUCUCCUCGGUCGCAGAGCGACAAAGUCUGGAAAUUGUCGCGGAAAGUCUGUCAAGGCUGGGACGGGUGAAGACUUUGGGUCUGGGCGUUGAGGAGAAAAUUGGAUUUGUAGAGGCGUGGCAGCUUGGCGGAAAAGGAAGUGCAAGGAAGGGUGCGUCAAAGAAAAUUCGAUGA